AUGUCCUCUAUGGCGCUCGCACGCAAGUUCGGUGCCUCCAGACUAAGUCUGUUGACCCGGGAAACCCUGAGACCUGCCUUGCUGCCGAAGACUAGACUACUGCAUGUGGCUUCCAAAUUUAGCCAAAGACCUGCAAUUAGCAGAUCAAAAAUACCAGCAGAUAUACAUCUACCAAGAAAACUUUACACAACGCAACCCAAACUAGCGACCACCCCAACAGAGCUCAAAGAAACACUCACCUCAGCUCUCCUCGAGGACAUCCGAACAUUCUGGUUCGACCACCUCAGCGACAAAAACUCCCUAAUCCUCCCAGGCCAAAGCGAAAUGAAACGCUGGUUCACAACCGACUCCGAUUUCGACAAGGCCUGCAUCGCCCAAUUCCAACCAGCCCUCGAAACAAUUCUCACAUCCAACGCCACGGCCAAAGAGAUCCUCUCAGCAGUAGACACAACCAACCCACUAACCUGGCUCAGCCUCUUAAUUCUUCUAGACCAAGUCCCAAGAAACUGCUACCGAGGCCGGGAGUCUAAGCAAGUAUUCACGCGCUUUGAUCCCCUUGCUUCGGAAAUUGCCUUGAAAGCCAUUGAGCUUGGGAUCCCUACUCGGAGUCCCGUGCGGUAUAGACUUUCUUACCGGUUCUGGUUCCAUUUGCCGCUUAUGCACUCUGAGGAUGUGAAUGUACACCACCGGGCGGUGAAGGUGCAUGAGGAGACGGCUAGGGAUGUGGAGGAGUUUCUGGAGAUGGAUAGUAGGGCUUUAGGGGAGGAUGAGAGGGAUUGUUUUGAUGUAUUGGUUCAGAACAAGGAUUCUUUGAGGGCGUGGUUGGCGAAUACUUUGGAUUAUGAGAAGAGGCAUUUGGUUAUAGUUGAGCGGUUUGGGAGAUAUCCGCAUCGGAAUGAGGCGCUUGGGAGGGUAUCUACGGAGGAUGAGGUUGAAUAUUUGGAGAAUGGUGGGGAGACUUUUGGGUAA